UUGAACGGAAGUUUGUUUUGUAAAUAAGAAACGCGUGACAAAAUUCCACCGAGGUUUUGGUCUCAUCACGAAAUGUCUUGGUUCGAACGACAGUGUACAUUAGAACAUUUGAUAGUUUACACGAGGAUACAUGAUUGGAAGAACACUUUGUUACUCUAGUCGAAAGAAACAACUUAAGUUUCAUCUUUAAUUACUAGACUGGAUUAGAAUCAAGAUCUGCCCAUAAAUGAACAGUUGUGAAGACAUCCCUCAUAAGAAUAUUUCCCUAGCUAUUAUUCAGUGCAUUGGUAAGUUUAGGAACAGCAGCAUCUAUGAAGACUUUCAAGUCAAUAUUGAAGGGGAGACAAUCCGUUGCCACCUAUUUAUACUAGCCUCUUGUUCGGAGUUCUUCUCAAGUUUAAUUAGGUCAAAUAUGAAAGAGAAACAGGAAAUGAAAGUUGACUUACAGAACAUUCCCAUGAAGAUUUUUCAGCUGAUUCUCAAAACUCUAUACACCGGAUGUGAGCUGUUGACUAAAGACAAUGUCUUGGAAGUUUGGUCUGCAGUUCAUCAGCUUCAAAUUCAUUUCUUGGUUCAACAUUGUGAGGACUUCAUCUUGGAAAAUAUUUCUUUGGAAACUUUGGAAACUUAUAAGAAACAUGCAGAAUUUCUUCAGUCCGAGAGAGUUUCGGAAGGAAUUUUCAAAUACAUGCUUGAAAACUUUAUGAUUCUCAGAAGCACUGAGGCAUUUUUACGAUUACAGUUUGAGGACCUUCUAAGACUUAUAGAAAGUGACAGUCUGGUUGUUACAUCUGAAGAUUUAGUUUUACAAUCUGUUUAUGAAUGGAUCAACUUUGGAGAAUCAUUCUUCGUAACAGUCAAGAACGAAGCGGAUUCUACAUUAAAGACAUCUUCUAAAGACACAUCUUUGACAGAGAUUAUUGUCCAUUCUUCUAAAUACGAUGAUUCUGGUAAAAACAUAGAAGCUAUUGAUGUUUCAUCAGAAAUCGUCAGUGAACUUAAGGAAGCUACAGAAGAAAGUCAAUCAAAUGAUGUCUCAAACAAUUCGUUGACUCAAACUAAGUCCAUCUCUUCUUUAAGCCAAGAAGACGGAGCCCCAUCAGCACCAAGUCAAUGUCAAGGCAACCCGAGAAGUGUUUAUCUACUUCCGCUCUUGAAAGCCACCAGAUAUUUCCUGCUCUCCAGACAUUGUGUCCUAAAUCUCUACAGGAAUAAAUUGACUCAAAGCAGUGCGCAUGUCAAGGAGUUCUUCUUUGAGACAUACUUUGAGAGCUCUUGUCCCUUGAGCGGGUUUUGGUCUCCUGCCGCUCUUCACCGAGACUGCAGCAGCUUUGAGCACCUGGGCGUCGUCUGCAUCGCCAAGAACACGUUGGCCGCCUUUUCUUUUCAAAAAGACAAAUGGCUGUGCUGCUCCAGCAAUAAAAGUCUUACCAACUGUACACUUCUUGUACACAACAGUGUCCUGUACGCUUGCUUAAAUUACAAUACGGACAGUGAGCUGUUUGCCUUUCAGAACAGUAAAUGGGUGAGCGUGUUGGCUAUUGAAACUGUUACAAAAUUAAUUAUUUCUCACGACAUCUUCAUCUACAUCAUCAAUUUACAACACUCUAUUAUAAGCUCUACAGAACAAGACUCUACUGUCAUUCAGUUUAACCCACUUCUGCCAUCAUCACACUCUGAAAUUAAACAAGCCAUUGGGAAUCCAGACUACGCCAUCAGCUUUUACCCAAAAAUUCUCUUAUUUGAGAAAGUUCCUAGGAAAGAGUCGACUGCGACACUAGUCUCGGCCUGGGACACAGACAGUAAUGCCUUAUCAAAUGUCAUUGAGCUGGACUUCUCUGCUGAGGGCAUGGUCAGUUUCCGUGAUGAGAAAUGUACUUAUAUUCUAGACGACAGCGGACGUCUCUACGCAAUGAAUCAGCUAGAAACAAUUCAGUUCACGUUCCUUAACCGACUCUGGAGCUUAAGGUCCGAGCUGAAGGGAGCUGUGCUGUUUAAAGGCGUACUGUUUCUGUGUGGCAUGUUUCCAGACGACAAUGACUAUCAGAAAAAUGUUUUCCCCUCGUUAAAGCUUCUGACGGCCGAGUUUCAAGAUUUCAUCUCAAAUUUCGUUCCGUGCACUUUUGUAAAAAGUCAUCUUUUUUGAAAUUAUUGAUUAGUCUUGGUCCGCUCAAGACUUGAAGAUGUGACAAUAGGAGGUAUCCAUGCUCGUAGUCGCAACGUUCGACCUUUAUCUUUAAAGAUAAUCUUUGCUCAGCUUCACCUAUCCGUUGGGGCACCACACAAGAUUUGUCGACCGUCUUUCUCCAUUCCUCUCUUUCUUUUGUCUUGGAUAGAACCUCUUUCAAUGGCAGGUUCGUCCAUUCUUUUAUGUUGUCUUCCCAUCGCUUUCUCUGUUUGCCUCUUCUUUUUUUCCUGGUACGUUCCAUGAAAGAAGGUCUUUGCAAGUGCCGAAGAAACUUGUACUAUGGUCAUAGAGUUGAGGAGGGUUUUUUUUUUCAAUAGUUAGCAGGUCAUCAUGGGGUUCAAUCGCAUGCUGUAACCUUGUCUCUAAUCUCUUGGUUUCUGAUGCGGUCUUCAAAUGUGAUACCUAGGAUCUUUCUCAAUCAUCUCAACUCCAUUGCUAGGAUCCUCCUCUCUAGCUCUGCAGUCAGCGUCCAAGACUUGCAAGCAUAUAACAAUGUGGCCAUGACCAGGGAGCGCAUCAGUUUGAUUUUCGAACACUAGCAAAUAAUAAGGUAGUUGUCACAAUGUUAUCAUAACGUUAUAAUUUUCUUAUAAUGUUAUCAUUAUCUUAUAAUGCUAUCUUCCUCUUAUCAUUCCAUUGUAUCAUUGUGUUCUCAUUGACCCAGUACUACAAGGUCAUAUUAUGUGUGGUGGAAUCGAGGCUUAGGAACGGGAUUUCCCCCAUAGUCUGAAUAUUUGCUAGGCUGACGCUUUACAUUCGCACUAAAGCUUUCGCCCCUUCCCAAGAGGCUAUGCACCCAGACAAAAAGUACUUGCCGUUGAAAGAAAGUUUGAUAGGAAAAUGGGAACAUUGUCUUCAAUCAUUGAAUUCUAUUAUAUUAUAUGAUGUAGAAGGUGAACAAAGUCUAAUACUCAGAUCUUACACAGAACGUCAUCGCCCUGUUACAUUGACCAUUAUUCAUUUAGAAUGUACCAGUUUUAUUUGUAUUAUAAACUAAAUAAAUUCUUUCAUACUGUCACCUACCAGGCUGCAGUAGGUCGCAGCGGUCAAACAUUUAUAAAUAACCAUUGGAAUGUAUAAAUAUUCAUUAAUUGAAUAUCAUCAAGAAUAUAAUUUUCUCAUGUUUUUUCUCAUAAUAUGACGCAAUAAACAAUGUUUUGAGUUUUGAAUAUAAAAAAACAGACAUCAUUUUCAUCUGACAAUAUUUUUAUAGAUUUGCGUUUAAAAACAUUAUUCAUACUAGUUCAUGAAAAUCUUACAUCAGUGUUGUACACAUUUUUUUUAAGAGUCAAACAUCGUGAAAGUUAGUAAUCAAGUUUAGAAGAAAUACAUGUACACUCUAUGCAAAGUCCACAUCGCCAUCAAUUGUGUUUCGUAAUAAAAAGCUAACCAAAUCUAA